CUGGGAAGGAGCGCGCGCUGGACCGCGCCUCUCCGGCUCUCGCGCUGUGAGCAUCCCACAGAUCAGACCGCGAUGGAACCGGAGACAAGAGAAGAGCCGGAGGCGCGAGACGAACCGGAGGCUGGAGAUGAGCAAGGCUGCACCGUGUAUGGCUUCUACGACCAGGAUUUAACGCACAAGACGAUCCUGGUGGGAGACAGUGGGGUGGGGAAAACAUCCCUGCUGGUGCAGUUUGAUCAGGGAAAGUUCAUCCCAGGGUCUUUCUCUGCCACCGUGGGCAUUGGCUUUACGAAUAAAGUUGUCACCGUUGGAGAGGUGAAAGUUAAAUUACAGAUUUGGGACACAGCGGGACAGGAGAGAUUUCGCAGCGUCACUCAUGCUUACUACAGAGAUGCCCACGCUCUCCUCCUGCUGUAUGAUAUCACCAACAAGUCAUCAUUUGACAACAUCAGGGCGUGGCUUACAGAGAUCCAUGAGUAUGCACAGAGUGAUGCAGUCAUUAUGCUGCUAGGCAACAAGGCUGAUAUGAGCAGUGGGAGAGUCAUCAAACGAGAGGAUGGAGAGAGACUGGCCAGGGAGUAUGGUGUCAUAUUCAUGGAGACGAGCGCUAAAACUGGUGUCAAUGUAGAUUUGGCUUUCAUGACUGCAGCAAAGGAGCUGAUUGGCCGAUGUCUCGAGCUGCCCAAAGAGCCGAAGUUCCAAAUCAAUGAUAUCAUGGAGCAGAAACCACAGAAAUCAGGCUGCUGUGGCUUUACAUAGGACCUUACGAGACACAGCAACAGAUGAGAGAAGGAACAAGGUGCAAAUGAGAAAGAAUGAAGAGAAUAUUUCAGGCCAAAUGCAGUCCUUAAACCUUAAGUGAAGCCCAUGACGUAAAUCAUACUUCGAAGGAAAUUGAUCUAAACACUCCAGUCUGAGAGAGCGAGAACAGUUUGGUCAUUUCUGCCUCUCUGGAACAAUACUAUGCAGUACUUUGCUGUGCAGAGCCUCCCCAAAACAUUGUAGCACAAGGUUCAUAGUUUAAUUCAGUGGAGGUGAUGAUACACUAGUAUGAGGUGAGCUGAAAUAGGUCUUCAUUUAAAACUGUGUUACAGAGGUAUAGAUGAAGGAAAGGUAGAAAAUAUUAUCCCCAGGUUUAUUUCACCCCAAUAAAAACUCUUCUAGCAGUUUCCUAAACCACAUAAUAAUAAUAACAUGGUAGUGCUAUAUUGAGGGACUUUAGCCCAGAAAGUACAGCUCAGGAAAUUUGGCCCAUGAUUUUUUUUUUUUCAGGAAAUAUAUUGUGUAGAAGUAUGUAUUUAAAAAAGACCUUAAAGCAAGGAGAUUUAAAACAGAAAGUUCAUACCAGGAACAUAAUCCUAUGAAAUGUAUAGGAUGAAUAAGCACUACAUAAGACAUGUGGAUGGAUGGAGAAACUUUAAGCCAUCAAUUUUUGUCUAUAAAAUGUAUUACAAGACCUUCAGACUCCAGACUUUCAAACUCCAGAAACUUUACUGCAGAUAUUUCAGACUUACAACAUUCAGGAAUCUUAAACAGGAAAUGUAUUCCACAAAACCUAGACCUUAGACAUAAACUUUAAAUCAGAAUAUUCCAUAAACAUAAAUCCAAAAAAUAUUGGCUCAUGAUGUAGUGAAGGGAAAUGUUCCUGGUACAUUUAGUGCCUCUAUUAAGGUGCCUCUGUUAAGGCAAUGUGUUAUAUUUAGGGUAUAAUACUGAAAACUCUAAAUAGACAUGAACCUUAAAUUCUAACACUGAUAUUUUUUUUUUUCAACUGACUUUGAUGCUACAAAGUUUUUGGGAAGCUAGGCUUAAUUUUAUGGCCCAUAUUUUAUAUCCAUAAUUAUCCUUCAUAUUAUAUCCAUAGUCUAAAUGGAGUUUUAGUUCUUGUUAUGAGGACACCCUCCUUGUGUAUGCAAGCCCAGUUCACUGUGCCUCUGCACAUCUUGUUUUAAACCACCAGAGGGAGCAACAGUACAAGAGGUUUGAGAAAUUCAUUGUUUGGAGUCCACUACCAACAGCUGUUUUUUUCACCAUGAAGCAGAAACUAAAAUCAGGGGUUACAGUAAAUUAUUUGUGUUUGAUAAAUAUCAUUUUAAAAAUAAUGUUCUCACUGACUGAAUUCAUUAAGGCCAGUGAUGUAUAGCACAUACAAUUUAUUCUCAAUAUAAUUCAUAUGAAUAAUCAAUUAUUUUGUAUUUGAAGGUCCCCAAAGUUGCCAAACAUGUGUUAGAAAAUCUGUACACGUUUAGUUACAUAAAAAGGUCAGAUCUGGGGUAAUAAUUUAUAUGGAAUUUGAAACCACCCCAGUGGUCUUUCAGUAUUAUUGAAGUAGGCGUGGCCUCUUUAUUGAUAUUAAUGAAGAAGCGUGGUCACGUUGCCCUUCAGUGUCAAUGAAGGGGCCGUGGUUACGUUGCCCUUUAGUGUUAAUGAAAGGGCGUGGUCACAGUGCUUGUCGGUCAAUUGAAGGGGCGUAGCCUAUUUGCCUGUCAGUCUCAGUGUGGAAGGCGUGGCCUCUUUGCCUCUCAAAUGAAAAUAGAAAAAGUCAUUAUAUUGCAUGAUCACAGCAAAGUGACUUUAAGUCAUUACACUGAAAUGUCAGCUGCUUUAAUUGUAUAUUUCAUAUAAUCAGAUCAGGUAUAGUGAUUUUUGAUCACUCAUGAAAGAAAUAGUUUCUCGAUAUUCACCUGAAAUGAUUUUAUAUUUCAUUUAAAAGCUGUUUAAUUGUUUUUAUGCAUUUUAUUCAUGCAAGUUGGUAGUGAACUCAAACUCUUGAUCUUUACUGUAUGGGCUAGGUAGUUGUUUUUUCUUCUUCUUCUUAAGAGAAUACUAAUACGUGGAGUGUAUCUCUGUCUUCAUUACUUCAAGUAUUAUUACUGAAGCAUUAUAACAUGACUAUAAUGUCUGUCUAAUGUCAUGUUUGAAACCCUAAAUUGUAUAUGCGAUUUUUUUAAUUUAUUCAGGGAGAAAUUUAUGGGGGCAGAAGGAUACCCAGUCACAGUGUGCCAGUUUUGUUUCAUUAUAAUUUUUUCCUUAAUCCGAACUCAGACUGCACUAUUUCUCGUUGUAUGCUGCAGAACAGGUUACAGUAAGAUGUUGUGAGUAUGUUUCUGAAGUGAAUGAAUUUGUGUCUCAGGGUCUUUUAAGGUAAUUAUUUUUUUUUUUUUUUGCUUAAAUGCUUAUUUGAUCUGCAUGAAGCAAAAGUGCACAAAGGCAGUUUUUUUUUAAGUGUUUUACUUAAAAGCUUCGUUUUAAAACUGUGACAUUGAGAUUUGAUAAAAAGCUGUAAGUACAUGUUUUAUGUCAGACUUUAAAAUAUGGUUUGGAGAAUCUUUAAUUGUUUACUUGCCUUUAUUCAUGUAUUAUCCUUUUAUUCUUGCUUGAUUUUUUGUUUUACUUCCUGUAAACCCAAACUACUGACUAGUGACAUUCAAUUACAGUGUUUUUAGAGUAUAUUCAGACUCUAAACCCACACAGCUUAAUAAUUAGCAAAUUUAGCUGAAUCAGGUGGGUGUAUUGGGAAAAAUCCCACGAACAUUUGACUUAACACCUCAAGCGAACGCUUUUGUCUACCAGCAGUACUCAUCCAUUAGUCAUUAUCACUUUAUUCACAUGCUCAGCCCAUGCAUAUGGCUAACAGAACAGAGCCAAAUGAAACCGAUUCUCACACAUAUCAAUCAAAUACUGUAUAUUCCUGGAAAUAUUUGGCCCAAAUGUAGUCAAAGGUUAACUACCAAACAUAUUUUGUCUAUUUGUCCAUGUUUGGAUUGAGCAGAAUAUCCUGAACACAUCAUGUAAGGUUUGAUACAAUAAAAGUCAUCACCACUGUGUGGCGCUGGCAUGUGUAGUGAUUCUAAUCAGACAAGCUGACUCUGAUCGAGUGUGAAAGGGGUCAUGAUGAUAGAGUCUUCCAGUAAAGUGACUACAAACAGGAUGUGAAGGAAAAUGGAAGACUGUAAUAUGUGCUGAAUAACCUCACAUGAAUUUUAUAUGGAAAAUUCACCGGAUAUUUGUUUAAUGAUGAUUUCAUGAUUCACUGAAACCAAAAUCGGCAGUGAUUAAUCCCUAAGGGAGGUGAUUUAGCCGUAUACGACACAGUGUUCUUGAGAUUUAUCUUGGAAAACACUCUUCUAUUCCAGGUGUGAUCCCUCCUCCCCCUGGGCCUUAGACUUAUUUGAUGUUGUCAAUGCAAAGUGCCAGCAAAUCUUCAUUGGUCUCACUGGCCGUGAGUCUAAACAAUAGGGUUUCCUCAUUGCUGAGGUGAAAAACAAGAAGCGACUAAUGAUUGCUCCCAUCUGUAGCGGAUAUGUGUGUCUGAAGCGCGGGAACAGCGGCCGCCGGGACGCCAUUGUGCACGCGGGUCUUUCUGCUGACUUUCCUCUCUGAGCUAAUUUAUCUGCCGGAAGCAGUGUUGUCCUAACACUGUUGCAGUGGACGAAAAAAAAGACUGGCCAGAUAAUGAAGCGUUGCUGGAAUCGUGAUGAGGCCCAUCGGGGUACUUGAACUCGGUCAUAGUGCGCCAUUAUCUCCUCGGAGUGAGCUUCCUGAUCACGCUCAACUGUUUCCUGUGCCUCAGCAAUCCGGCCACCUUAAAACUCUGGCUGCAUU